UGUUCCUUCCCAAACCCGGAGCUCCCAAGUUUUACUUCCUCAUAUUCCAAGUAGGCCUAUAUAAACUCAUCCGCUGACCCACUUCAGCAGAAAGGACAGAAGGCUCGAAACUCCCAACAUUGAACCUCAACUUCAUCAUUCAAUAUCCGCCGUCCCACAUCUGAACCAAAGAAUGCUGCUGUGUUUGUGCGCGUUGAUGCUGGCGGGGGCGGCUCUGUGUCACCCGCUGGACGAGGUCACGCUGGACGCCCAGUGGGACCAGUGGAAGAUCACGCACCGCAGGGAUUACAACGGCCUGGAUGAGGAGGGGAUCCGGAGGGCCGUCUGGGAGAAGAACUCCCGCAUGAUCGCGGCCCACAACGAAGAAGCCGCGCUGGGCAUGCACUCCUACGAGAUGGGCAUGAACCACCUGGGAGACAUGACAUCCGAAGAGGUGUCUGAGAAGAUGAUGGGUCUGCUGGUGCCACUGAACAGAGACCUCACCUUCACCGCCGCCUUCGAUGACAAGCUGGAGAAGCUGCCCAAGUCUGUCGACUACCGCAAGAAGGGCAUGGUGACCUCCGUCAAAAACCAGGGCUCCUGUGGGUCCUGCUGGGCGUUCAGCUCAGCAGGGGCCCUGGAGGGCCAGCUGGCCAAGACCACUGGAACCCUGCGGGACCUGAGCCCCCAGAACCUGGUGGACUGUGUGACAGAGAACAGCGGCUGCGGGGGAGGCUACAUGACCAACGCCUUCAGCUACGUCAUGCAGAAUGGAGGCAUCGACUCUGACGAGUCCUACCCCUACAUUGGCCAGGACCAGCAAUGCGGCUUCAACGUCUCCGGCGUGGCCGCUGAGUGCAAGGGCUACAAGCAGAUCCCCGUGGGAGACGAGAGGGCCCUGGCCGUGGCCCUCUUCAAGGCGGGCCCUGUGUCCGUGGGUAUCGACGCCGGCCUGGGCACCUUCCAGUUCUACCAGCAUGGUGUGUACUACGACAGGAAUUGCAACGCCGAAGACAUCAAUCACGCCGUGUUGGCAGUGGGCUUUGGAGUCACCGCCAAGGGCAAGAAGUACUGGAUCAUCAAGAACAGUUGGGGCGAGGACUGGGGCCACAAGGGAUUCAUCCUGAUGGCGCGUAACCGUGGCAACCUCUGCGGGAUCGCCAACAUGGCCAGCUAUCCAAUCAUGUGAGGGGACGAGCGGCGUCUCUUCGCUGAGGGGCAAGACGGGAAAGGACAGCGAAGCACAUCAGGAGGACUUGUCGUCCAGAUGACCAAUGUCGACGAACAGGAAUGUGAAAUAUUCUAGAAUUGACCUGCUGGAAUAAGAUCAAGAUUAAGAAAUAAUCUAGAUCUCCAAAUUCGUCGUGCCUUGCCUUUGGCUCUCUAGUCUUUUUUUUAUUUCUCUGAAGCACUUUGAAUCGCAUUACAUUUGUCCCGAGAGGAUGCGUUUGGAAUAGAAACAUUUUUGUUAACAGAUCAUGUUUUUUACCAGUGUUAAGAUGUGUUAAGAUGUAGUUAAAUAAUGUGUGUUGAGGCCUUAAGCGUCACAUGGUUUUAAUUUGUGAGUAGCAACAUUGCAGGGCAAUGGGUCAUCUUCCUGUUGAUAAAGAAUAUAGUGUCUACAUUCAAAUCUUAACCUUCCUCUUUUUGAUCUUUGUCUUUUGUUUUCUUGCUCUGGUCAGCACUCUUUUGUUACUUUUUAUGAUUAAACUGUAUCAAACUAUUUUGUAUGUCAUGUUAAAUAAAU